AAUCCUUAGGAUAUUUUGUAAUUUCUGUGGAAUAUAAGAUCUCACAUCCGCACGUAGGUCAACUAGAUUUCCGAUUAUUUCUGCAGCACCAAAUACAGCAGCUACCGCAAAAUAAUCUUCAACAAAAUAACGCUCAGAGCCUGCAGCGGGACAAUAUGCCGAGAGGAAAAGAUUCGAAGCCAAGAGGACGGAUGACAGCAUACGCGUUCUUCGUCCAGACAUGUCGUCAGGAGCAAAAGAAGCAUCCCGAGGAGAAGAUCGUUUUCCGAGAGUUCUAAAAAUGUGCAAUGAGGUGGAAGACUAUGUCGGACAUAGAGAAGAAGCGUUUCCAUGAAAUGGCAGAGAAAGAUAAGAAGAGAUACGACGCGGAGAUGCAGAAUUACACGCCGCCCAAGGGAGAAAAUAAGGGCAGGGGCAAGAAACGCAAACAUAUUAAGGAUCACAAUGCUCCCAAGAGAUCACUGUCCGCUUUCUUUUGGUUUUGCAAUGAUGAACGUGGCAAGGUCAAAAUGCUGAAUCCCGAAUACGGUGUAGGCGAUAUAGCUAAGGAAUUAGGCAAGAAAUGGUCAGAUGCAGAUCCCGAAACCAAAUCCAAAUACGAGGCUAUGGCAGAGAAGGACAAAGCUCGAUAUGAAAGGGAAAUGACCGCGUACAAAAAGAAAAUGCAAAACGACGGCGCCCCGAUGAUGGGUGGACCGCCGGCGAACCAAACUAUAAAAAGUGACAGCGAAGAGGAAUGGAAAGAAGACGACGAAUAGCGGAUGCACGUCGAAAUUUCUUCAUGUAUCACCCCGUGUCCUUCAUCCUGAAAGCAUACCUCACCUACUGUACGUACCAUUGACCUUAGCGUGAGCGUACUUACACCACCAUCAUUAGGAGAACAAAGUAACUAACCACCACCAAGCAACCAACCAAUCAAUCAACCAAGCUCUUUAAAUCCCCACCAAUCAACACCUCCUAAUUCUCUUUCCCCGAUUAUUUACGAUAAUGAUAAAGUAAUCCGCGCUAAUUACGGUAAUUAUUUUAAAAGAAAAACUGAUAUAUGUAUGAGUGCUGCGCGAGCGUGAGCGAGAGCGCGAGAGAGAGAGAGAGGUCAUUGUGUGAGUGGAACAUUUGUACUUUAACAUAUUGAUAGUAAUGAUGAUGUAAAGUGGCUAGUAGGAUAGCGAAAGAAACAAAAAAAUAUUACAGAAUCGAG